UGAGGAUGAUGAUGAAGAAGAGAGAGCAAGGGGAAGCUGUUAGUGAGCUUCAGCAACACUUAGCACCGCGACUCUACCGGAGUACCGGUGUUGGCUGGGACAAGUUGUGGGAGCAAGGUGUGACCCCUUGGGAUUUAGGACGCCCAACGCCUGUUGUUGCUCAUCUUCACAAGUCGGGUGGCCUCCCCAAGGGCAGGGCUCUUGUUCCCGGAUGCGGCACUGGUUAUGAUGUUGUAGAGAUUGCAUGUCCCGAUCGCCUUGUUACUGGUUUAGACAUUUCACACAAUGCCAUUAACAAGGCCCUCCAGUUGUUCUCCUCACUUCCCAAUGCAAUGCAUUUUACCUUCUUAAAAGUGGACUUCUUUACCUGGCAUCCAACUGAUUUGUUUGAUCUCGUUUUUGAUUAUACGUUCUUCUGUGCUAUUGAACCAGACAUGAGAUCCGCGUGGGCACAAAAGAUGGCGGAUAUCUUAAAACCAGAUGGAGAGCUCAUAACGCUAAUGUUUCCUAUCGAUGAUCAUGUUGGUGGACCUCCAUACAAAGUGUCAGUUUCAGACUAUGAAGAGGUGUUGCAUCCCAUGGGAUUUAAAGCAAUCUCCAUCUUGGAUAAUGAUCUAGCUGUCAAACCUCGCAAGGGACGAGAGAAGCUAGGAAGGUGGAAGAGGUCUGCAAGUAGAUCCUCUCUUUGACAAGGAUUAUCAUUCUGAUGAAUCAAAGCAUCCAGAGGCAUCCAACUGAAAGUAGUGAAAUUUGAACUGGUCAUUUGUGUAGUGAUUCUCAUUCCAAUUUGUUCGUCUUGAAUCUGGAUAUACAAGUAUGUGAUAUUAUCUGGAUAUAUAAGUACCAGAGUUGAUACCCGCGCCUUGGCGCGGUGUAUAUUUAUAAAGCUGGUUAAUGAUUCAGUUGAUUGAUGGAAAAGUUUUUGAUAUGUACUUCAUAGAACUUCAAUACAUUGUAUAUUACAUAUACAUAUGAUUC